AUGGUUUCUAACGAAGUCUAUUUACUCCCUCUCAAGGAUGAUGGGAGCCCUGAUGUAUCCGGGGGAUACAUCUAUCUUACUCCCAAAGGCACAGAGCCAAUAAUUGUCCGUUUCGCUAUUGAGGGGACAUCCUCGAUAUGUCGAGAAGGCAGUCUCUGGGUAAACAUCCCCGAGAAAGGUGCAGAAUUUCAAAGAGACCAGUUUCGUGAAUUCAAAUUGGAACCAGAUUUUAAUCGUACCAUUGAAAUAUCGAUACCCAUUCAUUCAGCUGGCGCAUUCGCAUUCUAUACUACGUACAAAGCUCUGCCGGAUCUGGAUAAUACAAAUACCGCUACUAUCGAAACUACAAAAUCCCCAGUUAAAGAUCUUGCCAAUCAUGGUCUUCCAACGACGCUUGAUUCUGUUGAUGACUUGGUUAAAGUAAUGGCUGGUGUCAAAACAGAGGUCAUUGCUAAACUUCGUCUAUGGGAAUACUAUGUUAUUGAAAUUGAAAGGGAUGCCGAUGCAGUUGUAGAGGCCUGGGCAGCUAACAAAAUUUCAUUUCCAGAGGGAGGAUUUGGUGGAUCAGGUUUUGGUGGUUUAGAAGCAAUCAAAAAUGCUUCAGUGGCAGACCAGGCGACCUUCUUGAGAGAAAAGGGAAUGCUCAACACUGACAGACUGGGAGAGAGAUACAGAAGGAUGGUAAACCCUAAAGUUGGUGCGGCGCUGCUUACAGCUCUGUUUGGAAGAUUCGAAGGCGACAAGUCAAAUAGUGCCGAUCGAGCAGAAGCACGAAGUCGCUUGGUUAACAUCCUGGAUGAAGUCAACCUUCCAUAUUACAAAGAAUAUGACGUUGAUGUAGCGGAGAUUCUUGAUCAGCUCUUCAACCGCACCAAAUAUGUUCGGCUUGAUGAUAAUGGACCAAAACUGGGCCCUAUCGAUGAAAAGAAUCCUCUUAUUGAAACUUACUUCACCAGAUUACCCAAAAAUUCCACUACCUCGAAGCACAAUCAAGAGGACCUCGCUUUGGUGAACAAUGGCUGGAUUUGGGCGGCAAACGCACUUGUUGACAAUGCUGGUCCCAAAUCUCGCGCAUACCUUCGCCGUGAAGCUUGGAGUACUGGAGAAGUCAGUCGUCUGGUCCACCGCCACGGUGGUAGACCUAUCGGAAGUUUUGAAGUUGAUGAAGUCUCUGGAGCAGAUCAAAAGACACCCAAUGGUAAAACCAAUGGAUCAACUUCUGGCAGAGAAAUUAUACGCACCAUCAGAUAUACUCCGGUUCACGCCCUUUUCAUGGACUGCACCCAUGAUAACGAAGUUCCUGCCCAAAAGCGUGAUGCUCGAGACACUUUACCAAAUGCUGCACUAGUUGCCAUGUGUUCUAGUGCCAUCGGUAGCGUUAUGGGUUAUGAUGAGAUUUAUCCCAAGCUAGUAGAGAUCGUUCAUGAAACAAGAUUGUACACUUCUGCUUCUUCUGAAAAAGAAGUUAAGAUUGGAGCUGGCGAAGGUGGCAUCGGCGGGAUCAAAAAGCUUCUCAACCAAAUCCAUAGUAUCAUGGGUAAGGAUGGGUACGCUGAGACAUACAUUCAUCACGAAGAUCAGUAUAUCACAGUUCAUCGGGUGCAUCCUGAAUCUAGAAAAGGAUACUUCCUCAUCGCACAUACAGCGUUCCCAGGCUAUGGUAACGGAAAUGGAGGUUUCAAACCAGUUCACCUUGGAGGCACUAAGGCUAGCCAUCUCGGCAGCUGGAUGCUUGAAGUUGACACUUCUGACGAGGCAAAGAAGGAGGCACUGGGAGAUAAGAAAUAUCUAAGAGGAUUACCUAGCAAGGUCUCCAAUCUUCCCGGAGUCCGCAUGGAAUACAAAGACGGAGAGACAACGAUUUCAGUCCGAGAUAAAUUUCCUCCUGGAAGUAUUGCAUUGUUCGAGACAUGGAUACCUGCUGCUGAGCAUGCGACCGGUCUCGAUAACUUUGUCACCUCGGGGGCUAAGGCAGCAUUUUCAGAGUUGGACCUCAUUGAUCUAAACUUCGUUCUGUACAGGUGUGAGCCGGAAGAGCGCGAUUCUAGUGAGGGCAAAGAUGGAGUUUACGAUAUUCCUGGCCAUGGGAAACUCGUAUAUGCUGGUUUACAAGGUUGGUGGAGCGUGCUCAAAAAUAUCAUCAAAGACAAUAACUUGGGACAUCCCAUGUGUAACCACUUGAGAGAAGGGCAAUGGGCACUGGACUACAUUAUUGGCAGACUGGAAAGAAUAUCAAGCAAAUCUGGUUAUGAACGUGUACAGAAGCCAGCGAUGUGGUUGAAAGAGCGUUUCGAUGCUAUUCGAAAAAUGCCAAGCUUUUUACUCCCACGUUAUUUUGGACUAGUUAUUCGAACUGCUUAUCGAGCUGCCUGGGAACGAAGUUUGUCACUCAUGAAUAAGAAUGUUCGUGAAGGGCAAUGGUUCUUACAAGAUUUGGCCAUGAUUAUACGAAGAUUGUGCCAAAUGGGAUUAGAUCUAUUGAAAGAGAAGGUACCUCGACGCUUCUUACCUUAUGAUGACACAUACUUUGAUUCCGAUGAUGCAAGGGCAUACUCAAAGACAUCUAUUCUUGAGGACAUUAUCCAAGAAUCUUUGCAACGUCAUGCAUCUGGAAUGUCAUUUAGAGAAGCAAACGCUGGUCCCAAUCUUGACAUGCAAAUGAGCUCCGAGGGCUUCAAUAUUGACAUCAAGGUUGAUUGGUCAACCGGACUCAUAUUUGGUGGUAACCAAAAUAACUGCGGUACUUGGAUGGACAAGAUGGGUGAGAGCGAACGAGCUAAAAGCAAGGGAGUACCUGGUACACCUCGUGAUGGUGCCGCUAUUGAGAUCACUGGUCUCUUGUAUAGUACUCUUCGUUGGGUGGCUGAACUUCAUGAGAAAGGAAAGUACAAGUAUGCCGGCGUCAGUACUUCAGAUCCAUCUAUGCAGGUCAUCACUUUCUCAGAUUGGGCGAACAAAAUCAAGGAGAAUUUCGAACGUUGUUACUAUGUUCCAUUGGACUCUAAGGACGACGCGAAGUAUGAUGUGAACACUUCUAUCGUCAAUCGAAGAGGUAUUUACAAGGAUUUGUACAAAUCUGGUAAAGAGUAUGAAGACUAUCAGCUGCGAGCAAACUUCCCAAUUGCCAUGACGGUGGCCCCAGAGCUAUUUGACGAUACACAUGCACUUAAUGCUUUGUUCCUUGCAGAUAAGGUUCUUCGUGGCCCUACUGGUAUGGCAACUCUUGAUCCUGCAGAUCUUAAUUACCGACCAUAUUACAUCAAUUCCGAAGAUAGUGAUGACUUCGCAACUUCAAAGGGAAGAAAUUAUCACCAGGGUCCAGAGUGGUUGUGGCCAACUGGUUUCUUCUUGAGAGCCUUAUUGAAAUUUGAUCUCAAGAGAAGAAAGACUCCAGCGGCUAAGACCGAAGCUUUUCAACAGAUUACUCGCAGGUUAGCAGGCUGCAAGGAGGCUAUUGUUAGCAGUGACUGGGCAGGAUUAACAGAAUUGACAAACAAAGAUGGUUCUUAUUGUGCCGAUUCGGUAUAUUGUAUUCUCUGA